CCAUCGAUAUGUUAAGAAGAAGACCUACUGCAAUAGUGGGGUAAAGAGAAACAUCGCAGAACACUACAUGUUACUAUAAGCAAAGGUGCAUUGUGAUCGAUCUGCACCAAUUGACUAGCGAUAGACCGUAAAAUCGGUAGAAAGUUCAAAUUCGUUUCGAUUCUCUCCAAACUGACUUAUAAGAGUCGGUGACCAAGUUGGAUUGAGUCAUUGUCAACACUGAGAAACUGGGGAAAGGAAGCCAAUUGAUUCGCGAAUAUGGAUUACAAAGUAGUGCUAAUACUAUCAUGCGUUCUCGCUCUAACAUCGGCGUGGUCGGUACCGUUCUAUCCUGUACGAGGCCCGCCGAGGUACACCCGCCAUAUUCAACCUCCUCCACAUUUCCAUCCACUGACGCAUAGAGUGCCUAGCUCUGCAUAUGUGCGUGAGGUCCAAGAAGAGGAAAAUCAACGGCAGCGUCCCAAAAGAGACCACGACUUCGACCACCAUGACCACCACGACCAUCACGACCACCAUGACCACCACGACCACCGCAACCACCGCGACCAUCGCGACCAUCACGACCGUCGAACCAGCGGCGUGACUGGCCCCGUCCAUACUUUUAUCAAGACAGACAAGAAUGCCAACUACAAAUGGGGUGUUAGACAUCACGUAGGGAGUAAAUACGCUCCAUAACAUAU